UUCGAUUUGAGCAUUCUCUCCGUGAAGAAAACAAAUACAAAUCCGUGAAAAACGCAAAUUGUUUUAAUCAACACGCGCAAUUUUUGUUUUUCUAAAUAAAAGAAAAACACCAAAUUCUUUUUAAAGAAAUCAAGUUAAUAACUUAAAACAAAAACUACCAAAGUAAAAAAAAGAUUAAAUGUAAAACAACAAAGUCAAAGAAAAGAAACUAAAACGGAAUGGGCCAAGGCAGCGUGUAGAAAAAAAGGCCAGUGUCUACCUUUUUGGUUUCGCGUUUUGUGAAGAUGAAUUUUUCGCUUUGAAAGCAAAUUCAGUGGGAAAAAGUUUGAGAGGAAAAAGUGAAAAAAUAAUUCAAUUUGUGCUGCUGUCACAUAAAUUCAAAAGAAUAUUCUGAAAAUUCAAUUGAAAAACUUUAGAAUUUUGUAUUUUUGGAAUCCUCGUUAUCGCGAAAACGAGAUCAAGUUCGUUUGGUCGUUUGUGAAGAGUGAUUAGUGAAGUGAGGUGAGGUCUGAGGUGUUCUAUUGCGUGACAUAUUUUUGGAUUAAUCUUAUCAUCCCACAGCCUACGCACAUCUCUAAGAUUUGGGGAUCUAUUAUUGAUUAAAGUGAUUAUUUUUGCUUCAUAAAUUCAUUAAAAAACAGCCUAAAAGUUAAAAAAAAGAAGAAAUAUUUUUUAACAAGUUCAAAAAAAAAGUCUCAACUUUGACAGUGUGCGUGGCACUGUGGCAGUAAAUUUGAGUUUCGUGUGUGUAAACACAGGAAAACCCAAAAACAACAAAAAUAUCGUUCGCGACUCGCGAGUGCAACGAUAACAAGUUUUCGUCAUCGAAAACACAUCCCGUCGUCCUUGUCUUACUUGUUCGCAAACGACGUUCUGUUUCGAUUUACACACUUUCGCCGCAAAGCAAAAGCAAUUGUUCUUGGUUUUUUGGUGGCUGUAGUUGUCGUCGUCGUGGUCGUCGUAGUGUCGCGCGCGUCGAGAACGUGUUUAACGUUAACCAGAACAGGAGAAGACAAUAACAAAUACACAGUUUUAUUUUUCUUUUGGCUUAAAUUCGAAAUCAAAAUUGCGAUAGUCGCACAUCAAUUUAAUUGAAUUGCAUUUUAUUCUCUCAAUAACUUUAAUUGAAAUUAGUUUGGUGGCAAUUGAUUGAUUCAUUCAUUGAUAAUAAUAAUCGCAAACGGAAUUCAGAUUCAGAAUCGCAAUGGCUGAAAUUAGUGAUGUGAGUGACGUUUUCGAUUUGGAAUUGCACGAGGAGGAAAAACAUCGAGACUCGGAUGACGAUAUUAUCGAACUUGAUGAUGUCGACCUAGAACCAGAGCUUAGUAUAAAUAUGCCACAAGGAUCAGAUGGUUCGGAAACGAUACAACUAUCAGAAGAAAACGUCAAUCCAGGAAAAAUAAAAUUGGGACCAAAAGAUUUCGAAUUGAAAAAGGUGCUGGGCAAAGGUGGAUAUGGAAAAGUUUUUCAAGUUCGCAAAACCGCUGGUCGAGAUGCCAAUAAAUAUUUUGCCAUGAAAGUCCUUAAAAAGGCAUCAAUAGUCACAAAUCAAAAAGAUACAGCUCAUACAAGAGCCGAAAGAAAUAUAUUAGAAGCCGUUAAGCAUCCAUUUAUAGUAGAACUAGUAUAUGCCUUCCAAACAGAUGGUAAAUUGUAUUUAAUCUUAGAAUACUUAAGCGGUGGAGAGCUAUUUAUUCACUUGGAACGUGAAGGUAUAUUUCUAGAAGACACAACUUGCUUUUACCUCAGUGAAAUCAUAUUGGCCUUAGGUCAUUUACAUUCACUUGGAAUUAUAUAUCGAGACUUAAAGCCUGAAAAUAUCUUAUUAGACGCACAAGGACAUGUUAAACUAACCGAUUUCGGUCUAUGCAAAGAACACAUUCAAGGUGGCAGUGUAACACAUACAUUUUGUGGUACAAUUGAAUAUAUGGCUCCAGAAAUUCUUACGAGAAGUGGGCAUGGCAAAGCUGUCGAUUGGUGGUCACUUGGAGCUCUUAUGUUCGAUAUGUUAACUGGCGUGCCGCCAUUCACAGCUGAUACCCGCAAAAAGACUAUUGAAACUAUCUUAAAAUCAAAAUUAUUCAUACCUGGAUACCUCACACAAGAUGCUAGAGACUUAGUACGUAGACUUCUUAAACGUGUCGUUCACCAAAGACUUGGCUAUGGACCCGAAGAUGCCGACGCAGUACGAGGUCAUCCAUUCUUUAAACAUGUUAAUUGGGAUGAUGUUCUAGCCAGACGUUUGGAACCACCAAUUAAACCAGUAUUGAGGAGCGAAGAUGAUGUUUCGCAAUUUGAUACAAAAUUCACCCGACAAAUUCCAGUUGAUUCCCCAGAUGAGACCACUCUCAGUGAAAGUGCCAAUUUAAUAUUUCAAGGUUUUACUUAUGUAGCACCAUCAGUCCUAGAAGAUAUGCAACGAGCCAACAGAAUGCCAGCCAGAUCGCCUAGACGCACUCCGCGACAAACCCAUGAUGGUUCAUAUCGUCUAGCGUUUCCACCACAACGAGGCAUGUGUUCGCGUGCAACACCACCACAUCUACAGACAUUUGCCCCCCGACCAUCGCCGCAGGACGAAAUGAUGGACGUACAGGGCCCUGUCGUAUAGUUUGCAAUAAUGCAAUCUAUAAUAAAUAAACCCAACAACAACUAGCAAAAUGAAAGAAAAACAAUAAAAGAAAUAAACAACAAGAAAACAUAUAAGAAAGUUAAAAGUUAAAGAAAAGUAAAGUAAAAAAAAAACGAAUAUAGACAAAAAGGCAUGUAAAAUAUACACUAUAUACCACACAAUAUACUAUAUAAUAUACAAAUAUUUUUAUUUUUAUUUAAUUUUUGUUUUGUUUCUUUUUUUUUUCUUUUUGCGAGAAUAUAGAUAAUUUUUUCUUUAAAACUACAUCUUAAGCCUAUAUAUCAUAUAUUGUGUUUAUAAAAACAAAAAACAAACAAAAAUAAAGCUUUUGCAAUGUAAAUGUUUUAUGAUUUUUAAGAAUUAUUAUGAUUUAGUGUUAAAAUAUGAUCAUUUUUAUUUACUAUUAUGUAUACAGUUCUAGUUGCAAAUUUUUUGAUAAAAUCAUCAAAAAAAAAAAGAAUUCAACUAAAACGAAAACAAAAAAAGAAAUCGAACAAGAUUAUUUAAAAGCUUUAAAAAUUCAUAACUUUACAAGAAAACUAAAUAAUUUGGUUAAGAUCCACUUACUAUACCUCCACCGGAUAUUCGCACAAUAUUUUAAAACCACAUUGUGUUCUUAAUUUCAAAAAAAAAUAUAUUUUGGGGGGAAAUUAAUGAGUUCAAUAAAGCAAAGUACAUUUUUUGCGGUUACCUUAAAAACAUAAAAUUUGUUUAUAUUUUUCAAAAUCUUUAAAAGUUUUAUCAGAAUGUCUUUUCCAUUCAAAAUACCAAAUACAUAUUACAUUGUCGGUUCAUAGACAAAAUUGAAUCAGUGUAAAUCAGACGCUUGUAUUAUUUCAAUACAUCGUCAAAAUCCAACUUUGAA